GAGAGAGAGAGAGAGAGAGAGAGAAGGCGAGAGAGAGUGCUAUCUUGCCAAAAUAUACACGGUAGAGUUGGUCUAUUUUGGAGUGUGAUGCAUAGAGCCAUAGCAGUCACCUGACACCAAAAUUAUAUAUAUAUAUUAUUACUAAAAACAAUAAGUAAAUUUUUUUAUGUACAAUUUACUUUAGAUGUAUCAAAAUGAAAGUUUCAGAAUUCAUUGAUCUAAUAAUUCUGUGUUCAGUUUACAUUAUGUAUAUUUUGGACUUUUUUGUCAUUGUUAAUGCAACCAAUUUUUACUUAUUUUUGCUCUUAAAUUAAAUUUUUGUUUUACUGAUUAGGUGACAAAGCUGAUAGUUGCCGCAGAAAAAACAGAACAAAGAAGAAAAGAAGAGAGAUUACUACAUUAUGCACGUGAAGGGAAAGCUGAAGAAGUUAUGAAACUGUUGCGAGAAACUGGAGCACCAAAUGUAAAUUGUUUAGAUUUGCAAGGCAACACUAGUUUACAUUGUGCUGCUUAUCGAGGCCACAUCGAUGUUGCUGUUGUUCUGCUUCAGAAUGGCUGUGAUCCAGCAAUGAGAAACUUUAAUGGUCAGACAGCAUGUGACCUAGCCCAGACACAACAAAUGCAGCAAAUUCUAGAAGUACAGCCAGUUCGAAGUUUUCACCGCAACGUAUCUAGAUUUGAAGGUCCACUGCUCCGACGAAUGCGGAUAAUUGGCUGGAGAAUGGUUUGGGGUGUUUUGGAGCGUGGUGUUCUCACUUUCUUCAAUAGCCGUGCAGAUGCAAGUUCUGGUGUUCGCAGACGUGAUUACAAAUACCUUGACAAUAGUAAAGUUGUACCAAUGGUUGGGGGAGAUGGUGCUAUGUUUGUUUUACAGUAUAAUGAUGGUACAUGUCAUCGGUUAGCAGCAACUCCGGAUCCUUUUCACCCAGCAUCUGUGAACAGACAGAAAUGGGUGACAGCCCUGAGUGAACACAUCAGGUUCUCAACUCACUAUGUUCAACAUGGUCUUGGAGUGGAUGAUGAUGAUGAUGAUGAUGACAUUGAUAGAACCAUAAAACCUUUAGGAUGUAUGUCAGAUGCUCUACAGACAGCAUCAGCACAACAGCAGCUUCUAGAACAACAAGUGGAGGAAGUCAUGGCAACCUUAGCCUCACUUGACUUAGAUCACUCACAACAGGGUGGUGUGCAUGAUGUCAUUAAGAGGUUCUCCUUGCUCUCUGGGACAGCGCGAAAUAUGACUUCCAGCCUAACCCACUGCCUGUCUGUUAUGAAGCAACAAGAAGAGGUUAGAGAUCUGCAACUAAAAGAGGAGCGUGAGAAGGUGCGUGUAUUGGAGGAGUCACUAAGAGUGCUGGCUACAGAACACCAUGAACUUGAGGAAUCCAUAGCCUCUCAUGUGUCUUCCAAUGGGUCCUCCAUUUACAACACUCCUGCCAACUCCUAUGUGUCCCUGCCAAGGCCUAGGAGAUUCUUUGAUGCUGUCAGCGAUGAUGAAUUCUUUGAUGCAUUUUCACAAGAUGAUGAUGGAAGUGGAGGCACUUUGGUCAGUCUUCCCUCUCCAUGUGGGAGUGAAUGUUCAACAAACACCCUUGUAUCUUGCAUGUCUUCCCUUCCCACUGACCCACAAUCUCCACAGUCACCUUCCCAUUUGCUUUCAAACAUUUCUGCACAGCCAGGUGCUCAGGUUUCUAAUAUGAAUGUAACAAAUGAAGAAGUAGAGGGAACUUACUCUAUCUCACAAGAUGUAUAUACUGUUACUUCAACAGGACAUAUAAUAGAAUCUGGAGGAACUUACAUAGUGUCUCAGAGUGGUUGUCGUCCUGAAAAUACAAAUGGAACACAUGCCACAUCACUGGGUCAUUCUGUGACUGGAACUUUAUCAGGUAUAGUUAACACCGUGUCAGAAAUGUUUGCUGGAUCAGCUCAUCUGUCGUCAGGAGAAUGGCACUCAUCAUCAGUAAACAGUGGAAGCACAGGUCCGCAGAACUCAAGCUCCACAAGAUCACACACAUCACAUGUGUCUCCCAUUGCACUAGAGACACCGCUGAUUAGAACCUCUGACCUGAGUGAGCAUAGUGAUGGUAGUGAUGAAACUGUCACAAGUGACUCUCACCAUGGCUCUGAAGUUGAAGAAAAGUAAGUAACCAUGUAUACCACUUCUAAAAAAAAUGUUUGAUAUAUAGAUGAGCAUGUAAUGUUGCCAUUCAUAAAGGUAACAAGGUUAAUGCAAAGUUCUAUUUUUUAUCUUGCAUCCUGUACAUACCACCAGAAUGUCUUUAUAUCAGUAUUUAUGUGGAAUAUAAGCUUUAUAUUUUUUGAAUGUUGCCCCUUCACUGAUAGGUCAGUGUUGUUUUUAUGAUGUGUAAAACAUUAUGACUGUUAUGUAUUGUUUGAUAUAAAUGUUUACUUAGUGCAUUUUGCUUUAUAUUUGAAGAUGAAAUAUCUGUUGAAAGAUUUAUUCAGGUAGACUUUACAGUCUUCAUACAAAUAUUGCAUGCAAACCUUGCAUGAAAAAUAUGUAUAUUAGCUGUUAGCUUUGUUUACUGUAUACUAUGAUUCCAUAAUGUAUUCUCCUUA